CUAGAGCUUGAUCAUUGCUGGUACAUUUAAUAUCCCAGAAAGAGUUUGAUCCAUCCCUUUCCUUGGAUGUAGUGUCACUUGAACUUUCCAGUUCUGACCCCGCUUGAAUGGCCAGGUCUGGUCAGCACCCUUCCCAUGGCUGGGAUGUCGGCGGAUGAAAGUGGCAAGAGGAAAAAGAAACAUGUGAUGCUCAUCUUGUAUUUGAAGAAGAAGACAAGGAAGAACCAGUGUCCCAACGUUGCAGAGCCUUCCACAUCUUCGGGCGCCAGCAGCCUCCCUCAUGUGCUGCCCUACUUCACCCGGAGCAAGGCUAAGUCUUCCCAGGCACCCGAAAAAAACGCCUGCCCAAGGCCACCGCUCUUUAUCCUCACCGACUUUCUCCAGCAAAGAACCUCCAGGGCAAAAAAAGCACCUCCAAGACGAAAGAAGAAACGUGCAAAGAAAAGGAAACCAAAGGAAACGGGAGACAAAGGAGGAGAGUACCCCGCCAACUGUCCUCUGGAUCGGGAACAACUGGGACGAUGUUCAUGGGCCUUCCUUCAUACAAUGGCAGCGUAUUACCAGGAGCGGCCCAGUAAGACCAAGCAGCAGGAAAUGACACAGUUCAUCCAUUUGUUUUCUAGGGUUUUCCCUUGUGAAAAGUGUGCAAAAGAACUGAGGAAAAGAAUAAAACGAAACCAGCCGGACGUCUCCAACAGGCGCAAUCUGACGCGGUGGCUUUGCCGGCUUCACAACGAAGUGAAUAAGAAGCUGAGGAAGCCGGUGUUUGACUGCUCUCUUGUAGACCAGCGUUGGCGCGACGGAUGGAAGGAUGGCUCCUGCGACUAGAACACUUGGGAGAAGUAUAGUUGUGCGGACUUGGAUUAAAACAUAGAGAUUUAACCAAAGCAAGGACGAUGGAGACCACAACGUUUUGUACUGGGGAAGAAAGGAUGCUUGAAACUUCCAUUUACGACAAACCACCGUUUCGUGUUUUGUCUGAAUAUUAGAAACCAUGGUUUGAAUAAAUUCCUAGUUAUCACACGAACGGCUACUAACUAUCCGUUUAUCCUUUGACGCUUGGGGCUUGUUAACUGUGGCUCUGCAUUAAUUGACUGAAGCUGUAAGAAUAUAUUGAUUAUUAAAUAUAUCUAUUGACUGAAGCUGCAAGAAUGUAUUAAUAAUUUAUUAAAUAGAUUUAUUGACUGAAGCUCAAUAUAUUUACAGGACAGGACAGGACAGGAUAGGAUAGCAUAGGAUAGGAUUCCCCAAUUGGUUGACGGAAACUGAA